AUGAAGGACCAGCACUGCCCUGUGCCACUGGCCAAUGAACGACUGGAAGUGCUGCAGGCCUUCGAUAGAACCGUUGCGAAGGACAACUCAUUAGCUGUUGGCUUCUUUCAGAGAGGGUUUGUCCACCUGCAGCUGGAAAUGUAUGAAGCAGCUCUCUCUGACUAUCAUAUGGCCUUCAGUCAUCUGAGAAAGAAUCCCUUCAUUGAUUACAAGCAGCUGGGGCUGAGGUACAUACUCUAUGCAUGGGAGGUGCUGUACAGCCUGGCAGCAGCGCAGUGCCGCCUGCAGCAGUGGCAGGAGGCCAGAGCCACCCUGGACAAGGCUGUUGUGUGGAGACCUGAGGGAAGAACAGCCAUCCUGGACAUGGCCCUGGAGCGCGUCAAGAACCGCCUGUUCUUAGAGCCUAUGCAGGUUCCUCUUGGGGAAUUUUUCAGACCACGAAAGAAGGAAGUUGAACAGCUGGACUCAAAAGAUUUCCUGGGUAAACCCAAGGUGAUCUCGUCCAUCAUUCCCAAUGAUGAAUACUUUGGCUUCGAGCCUCUCAGGCCUCAGAAACAGGGCUUUUAUGAACCCAGCGCUGAUGCUCUGCAAGACAGUGAGUCAGGCUACUGUCGAGUUGUGUCCCACUAUUGCCCUGAGGACUUGGAGAAUUUGGCAGUGAAAGCCAAGAGCUUGGUCUUUGUGCUGGCGCGAGGAGCAGACGGUUGGGCUACAGCCAUAUAUGAUGGACAGAAGCUGCGAAUACCCUGCUCUCUCCUGGAGCCUGCCUCAAAGAUGGAUAAAUGGAAGAUCAGUGAUGGGAUUCCCCUCCCUCCUGCCCAGGUGCCUCCCAGCCGACUCCAUGUGAAGCAGAUACCAGAAUCUCCUGAGGGAAAAAAUGCCUCUGCAAAUGAUGCUGGUGCCCAAACAGACUUCAAGAGCCCCCUUUCAGGUAUUCAGGUGCCCCCAGGCGCGGGCAGCCCCGUGGUGCUGCGGGUUUGCUGCGAGGCCAGGCUGGUGCUGCGGGAGGCACCGACCCUGCCCGAGCUGCGGGCGCUGCUGCGGGAGCGCCUGGCCUGGCAGGCAGAGCGGGGGAGGCUGAGCUACAGGCGUUCGGAUGGCAAAGAGCUGGGUGCAGUUUCAGGAGAGGAGGAUCUGGGGAAGAUGUGGCAGCAGCUGACAGAUGGCAGGCUGACACUCUGCUGCCAGGACUCAGACUCCCACUCGGGCAGACCCGUCCUGUACCGGAUGCUGGCUCAGCACUCCUACCCCGCGCAGGGACCGGGGGACCUCGCGUUCAGCAAGGGAGACCUGCUGGACAUCCUCUCUGAAGGUAGUUCUCCAGGCCUGUCUGCAGGCUUAUGCUGGGCUGGGCUUUUGGAGGGCCUGGGGAACAGAUGGCCUCUCCUGCGCUGUCUCAGGAGGUACUUGGAGAUCUCAGGACAUGUCAUCUUCAACAUCUUUACAGACAUGAUCCAACCAGAUCACCUGAGCAAUGGAAACUAG